CGCUGCAAAGGCUUCGGUUGCCCUGGAAACGGCUUAGGCCCCGAAACGCACGGUGCGUGUCAAGUCUCGCUUUCGUUUCACAAAGGCUUCUGAUUGGUCGGAGGGGGUUAUUGCGUUUCCUGUAGCAGCGCGCCGGUUGGUGGAGCGGGGUCAGCUGAUCGCGUGGAUGACGCAGCACCAUCGCCUGCGUUGGGUCCUCCCUGCCGCCUGUGGCCGCUGAAGCGUCGGAGCUUAAUCGAGACAAAAGCGCCGGGGUCUCUGUGGCGCCUCAGCCGGCUGCACUCCUCUUUUUCUGCGCCUCCUCGGGGUGGGCGGGUGCAAACAAGAUGGCGGAGAGCGGCGCUGACGGUGCGGCCUCCGGUAACCCCGGACCGGCGCCGGGUAAAGGCCUUAUCCGGGUCACUGUAAAGACACCGAAGGACAAGGAGGAGAUCGUGAUCGGAGAGACGGCGUGUGUGCGGGAGUUCAAGGAGGAGAUUUCCAGGAAGUUUAAAGCCAAGAAGGAUCAGCUGGUACUGAUCUUUGCCGGGAAGAUCUUGAAAGACGGCGACACACUGAACCAACACGGCAUCAAAGACGGCCUCACCGUACAUCUAGUCAUCAAGACGGCGCAGAAAUCGCAGGACCCCAACGCGAUGUCUCCCUCAGCUGCUGCCACCGCUGCUGCCGUUGCUGCCUCUACUGCAUCCUCUUCACCAACAGGAAAUGCUGCCACCCCCUCACAGUCUAACGCCUCAGCACCAGCUGCCCCUGACAGCUCUGCUAGUACCCCCAGGGCAAGUGGCACAAGCCCCCCCGAAAGGGCUCCCUCUCCGAGCAUCCUUUCUGGAUUCGGUGGGGUGUCUGGUUUGGGUAACCUUGGCAUGGGCUCUGCCAACUUCAUGGAGCUUCAGCAGCAGAUGCAGCGCCAGCUCAUGUCCAACCCAGAGAUGUUGUCUCAGAUCAUGGAGAAUCCGCUAGUGCAGAAUAUGAUGUCUAACCCCGACCUGAUGAGGCAGAUGAUCAUGUCAAACCCGCAGAUGCAGCAGCUGAUGGAAAGGAACCCGGAGAUCAGUCACAUGCUCAACAACCCGGAGCUCAUGAGACAGACCAUGGAGUUGGCCCGAAACCCGGCCAUGAUGCAGGAGAUGAUGAGAAACCAGGACCGAGCUCUGAGUAACCUGGAAAGCAUUCCCGGGGGGUACAACGCUUUACGACGCAUGUACACGGAUAUCCAGGAGCCCAUGUUUAGUGCCGCCAGGGAACAGUUUGGCAACAACCCAUUUUCCACAGCCGGGGGAUCAGAGGGUUCAGCCUCUCAGCCAUUACGCACAGAGAACCGGGAACCUCUUCCGAACCCGUGGAAUCCUUCUUCCCCUCAGAGUCAGCCCCCCACCAGCGAGGGCGGCAACAGCAGCAGCAGCAGCUCCACUACCACCCAGAGUGCCCCUACUGUAUCAAACCCAUUUGGCAUCAGUGCUGCGAGUCUGGGCUCAGGCAUGUUCAACAGUCCAGAAAUGCAGGGCCUGUUACAGCAGAUUUCCGAGAACCCUCAGCUAAUCCAGAGCAUGAUAUCCGCGCCCUACAUGCGCACCAUGAUGCAGACACUGUCCCAGAAUCCCGACUUCGCUUCUCAGAUGAUGGGAAACAUUCCAAUCUUUUCUGGUAACCCCCAGCUCCAGGAACAGCUUAGGCUCCAGCUGCCGGUCUUCUUACAGCAGAUGCAGAAUCCUGAAUCCCUCUCGAUAAUGACCAAUCCCCGCGCCAUGCAAGCCCUCCUCCAGAUCCAGCAGGGCCUUCAGACUCUCCAGACGGAGGCCCCAGGCCUGAUCUCCGGUGUUGGGUCUCUUGGAAUCCCUGGGAUGCCCCCAGCAUCCAGUGGAAGCACAGCCCCCGACAAUCCCUCUACGCCGACCAGUGCCUCUCCAGCAGGGGGCAGCAGCAACGUUCAGCAACAAAUGAUGCAGCAGAUGAUCCAACUCCUAGCAGGAGGAAGCACUCCGGGACAGACCCCCGAAGUGCGCUUCCAGUCCCAAUUGGACCAACUGAACGCAAUGGGUUUUAUCAACCGUGAAGCGAACCUACAAGCACUCAUAGCAACAGGUGGGGACAUCAACGCUGCCAUCGAAAGACUGUUGGGCUCCCAGCCCUCUUAAUGUAACUGCGAGCCCGUCUGCCAAAGCAGGAACCCACAGAAAUGCGCAAACCCUGACCGAAUCAUCCAGGCCCUUUAGUUCUUUAGUCCUGACCUCCGAGCAUCAUGGGAAGUGGCCAUAUCCUACAUUCUAUUGACACUAAGACAGUUGCGGGUCUCCUUGCGUUGGGAGGCACCCUGUGGUGCUGUACAUGUCUCAUCUCCUUCACCUCUGCCCUCACGGGGAGGGGCGUGAGCCGUAAUUUUCCCUAAUUUCAGCUCUUUUCGGCACAGCUUUAGACCUCGCGGCCGCCGCUCACACAGGACGUCCAUGAAGCCUGCUCAUAGCCGAUCGCUCCGAAUUAUUUAACUCACUAAUCGCCACGUGACUUUACUCAGCGGAUAUUGUGAAGUCUCCAACAAAACUAGGAUUUUAUUUUUUUUAUUUUGUAAUUUUGUUUUUUAUUUUUGCCCCUGAUUAUAUUUUAAAGUUAACCCCUCGUCACCCCUAACAACGUGAAGUCUUACUUUUCAUUUAGAUUUGAUUUUAACAAUAAAACAAAUGUUUUAUUUUUCCUGAACUUAUCCACAGACUCGUGAUGCCGAUCCCGGGGACAUGUCCUGUCCAGUGCCUGACGCUGAGAGA